CGCCCCUUGAUCUCUUGUUGAAUCUAGAUAUGUGUGCGGCUCCGAAGACAUCGUUACUCUGCUGGAAAUGGCCAUGGGAUGCUCUCACAAAUCCUAAGAACCCUAACCCUUGCGGGAACUUGGAGGUCCCAUGGCUCUUCAAAUCCAUGCAGAACCUGGGAUCCCUUGCGCGGACUCUGCUCUUCAAUCCGGCUGCUGUCCCCACCUACGGCGAGCAUUCUGUGGAGCUCGGCCGUAAGUCUGCGAGGUUGUCGAUGGCCACAGCACUCUCGCGGGAGGAGCAAGGAGAGGCGGAACAACGAGCACUGGCGUCGGCGCUGGCCAGCGCGAAGCCAGCGACGGUUAUUGAGUUCUACUCGCCCAAGUGCAGGCUUUGUAACUCUCUACUUGAUCUAGUGCUGGAACUAGAAGCCCGGAACUCGGAUUGGGUUAGCUUUGUCCUCGCUGAUGCCGAGAAUGAGAGAUGGCUUCCCGAGCUUAUCCACUAUGACAUAAAGUAUAUUCCCUGCUUUGUUCUGCUGGAUAAAGAUGGAAGAGCUUUAGCAAAAACUGGAGUUCCGAGCAGCCGAAUGCACGUAAUUGCUGGCCUCUCUCAUCUUUUAAAGCUGAAGCAGCCCCCCAACCUUAAAUCCACGGAUUCAACUCUCAUGUCAGACUUCACUUCACAAUCCUGAAAAGAAAAAACUUUACAUGAAGACGGAAACCAGUUGGACUGAUCAUUAUAAAUGAUCGGUUAAGCGGAAGCGGAGGUAAUGGAUGGAGGAUGCUACAAGGUAAUGUUUAAAUUUUGGGGCAUUUACAU